AUGGAAGGAGGAGAAGCCGAGGGGGAGCUCGGCUUAGACAUCCAGCCUAGGGCAGCACCUGCCAGGCUGGUCAACUCCUCUUGCUCCUUGGAGACGACGCUGCAGUGCAGCUGCUCCUUCCACGGGAUCCCCACGCCCUCCGUGCAGUGGUGGCUGAGAGGCGCCCCCGUGGGUGUGAGCGGCACAGACAGAGGCCCCCAAGUGACUUCCAGUGCACUAGGCCCCUGGGCUAACAGCACCAUCAGCCUGCGCGAGGAGCCAGAAACAGGCACGAGCCUUGUUUGUGAGGGGAAGAACCCCAACGGGAUCCAUGCUCUGAGCAUCCUACUGAUGUCAGGAAAGAGCCGUUUGGCUCCGCAGGUCUUCCUGAAGGGGCUGCUCCAGGGCGUUGUCUACGGAACCCUCGCAGUUACACUGCUCUUCCUCUGCCUCCUCCCGGUCCUAGCAAAACAUAUGCGAAUGAACCAGACGAAGAAAAUCACAGCAAUCGAAGCAAAAGGGAGCCCCCAGGUCAGAGCAGGCCAAGAACUCCAGAGAUCUGUGAAGCCCAAGGAGACGGGAAAAUCCACCGUCGCCCCACCAUCUGAGAGCCAGCUGUUGGAACAGCAAGAUAAACCGGAGCUGAUUAAGCCGUAUGGGGGGAGAGGAGGCGCGUCCCUUCACAGCGGACCGGCCCGCGUCAGUCUGGGCAGGGGUCUAGAACCGCCUACUCCUGGCGGCUGGGGCCAACCCCCUAGUGCGCAGGGCACCCCCUACAAACGGUUGCUGAGGCCCGGCUCAGGCGCGGGAGACUCCCUGAGGCACCGCGCGGAAAUCCGGGAGGACGUCCCGGAAAUGGUGCCGCGGAGGCCUGGCAGGCAGCGACACUGGGCCGCCCUGGGCGUGCUGGCGGCCGAGGGGCCGCUGUAG